GGAAUUAUUUGUUUAGCAGAGUGAUGGCCUUCGGGAAAAAACUGUUCUUGUGUCUAGUUGUUCUGGUGUGCAGUGCUCUAUAGCGUCGUUUUGAGGGUAGGAGUUGAAACAGUUUAUGUCCAGGAUGCGAGGGAUCUGCAAAUAUUUUCACGGCCCUCUUCUUGAUUCGUGCAGUAUACAGGUCCUCAAUGGAAGGAAAACUACCACAUAAAUGCGUAUUACCACCAAACAAAGGAAAAUGCGAAAAAACAUUGGAAAGGGUUUACUAUGAUCACAAGAAAAAAGCAUGCCUGAACUUCGUUUACGGAGGUUGUGGUGGCAAUAAAAAUAACUUUGCCUCGCUACAGGAUUGUCUUUACCAGUGUCAACAAUUUGAUCGUACAUUACCCAUGGAAAACAAUGCUGGAACUUUUAACUGGAGGAAACUUACAUCCAAGAGAUGCAGAUUAUAUCCCAGAAAAGGAUGGUGCCACAUGCAUAGUAUUCGAUAUUAUUAUGAUUUUAAAUUCCAUCGGUGCACAGCGUUUAUUUACCAUGGCUGCGGAGGCAAUGAAAACAAUUUUUUGGACUAUAUUGAUUGUGUAAAGGCGUGUGAUGUGUUUGAUGCAAUAUAUAAGGAGAGACUUGAAAGCAAGCACUCUUGUGGGGCACUUGCCAUGCAGAAUUGGAGCACCAUCAUCUGCCUUAUCAUUCUCCUGGAACUUAACAUACCUGGAUCUAUGCGGAAAGUAUUUAUGCCUCGAAAAUGCAAACUACCACCCAAAAAGGGAAAAUGUAAUGAAGACUUUGAGAAUUUUUACUACGAUUACGAGAGCAAUAUGUGCUUCUAUUCUACCUGGGAAAAUAUCGUGGGAGAUAUACAAUGGAAGAAAAAAACACCAUGGAAAUGCAAAUUAAGGGCCAGGAAAGGAAGGUGCAAGAGUAAAAUUCCUCGCUAUUAUUAUGAUGCCUACAACAAGAGAUGCCGAUUGUUUACUUACGGUGGUUGCGGAGGAAAUGAAAACAAUUUUCAGACCGUCGACCAAUGCAACAAGGCCUGUGACCCAUUUGGAAAUACCGGAAAACCUUUCUCUCCAGAAUCCAUGCUAGAGAUGUGUGACCAACCCAUGGAUGUUGGCCCAUGCAGCGAAAACUUUCCUCGCUUUUACUAUAAUCGCACUACCAAGACCUGUAAACCAUUCAAGUUUGGUGGCUGCAACGGCAACAGAAAUAACUUUUUGAGUCAGGAGGAUUGUGUUCGGGAGUGUAAACCGGUAUAGAUCCAGGUCAGGCUGGGCUCACAUCUGGAGGAGGAGUGGCCGGAGUGAUGCUUCGACAUGGGACGAUUGAGGAUUGGAACACGUGACCGGCAGAGGGGUCAUGAGGGUGGAGAUCUUGGGGUUUGUAUUACUGAGGGAGGAACCUGAAUCCCCAGUUUCGGUUUUCAUCCAACUGUGCCAGUUUACCCAUGCUAGUAAAAGAACUUUGAAAGAUGUUGGCUUCGGAGUCUUUUC